GUUAGGUAAAAGGUAAGUCAAAUAAGAAGAAACUUAUUAGGCAGGAUAUUCACGUGAAUCCUUUAAACAAAACACUUCUUCAACGGUUAGGUAGUCACUAGGCAACCAUGUCUAUUUCUGGGAAUGUCUCUGUAUAAACCUGUAUAUAUAUAUUAUCCAGAGUUUCUAGCAUUGUCUAAACAACAACCUUUAACAUCCCCAGAUCAAGAUUUACUCAAACACCUCACACUAUGGCUACUAACAACCCAUUCGCAGAGCUGUUAGACCCUCGUGAUAUAACGGCUAAGCUUGCUGUCAUACAGCCGGCUGUAGAUUGGGAUGCUCCUAUUGAAAUCACUCUCACGGAGGCGGGCUUGAAGGACACCCCGUACGAAUGCAUCUCCUAUGAUCGUUCGAGCGUCACGGCCGUGCCCACACGAGGGAAUGCCCCGCCACCGCCUCCUGCUGACAAAACGGUCACUAUCUCAAUCGAUGGGCGGGAUCAGGAUAUCCCUCAUCACCUCGAAAGUGCGUUGCGUAUGUUCAGACGCAAAGAGAGGCAGCGUACCAUAUGGGCUGACGUCCUGGUGAGUCGCAGUGUCGAAGAGCGCAGCGCCCAGGCCGACGCGCUGCGGUUCAUAUUGAGCAACGCAGAGAGGACGCUGUGUUGGCUGGGUCCAGACAAUGGGGAAUCUACAACCAAGGCUUUUGGGACUAUUCAUGAGAUGGCGCGUCGCUUCCGGGAAGCCUGCCGGCAGAUUGGAGUUGAUCCUGAUAUAAGUCUGUCUCGGGCGACAUCGCAGCAACUAACCAGAAUCAAGGAUCGUCUCUUCGACUGCCCCUAUAAUGACCUAGAUUCUUUCAACUUCCGUCAUUGGGAUAAUAUUUACGAUAUCUUUGGCUCGCAAUACUGGAGCUCCGUGCAAUCCAUAGCCGACAUCGUGCUUGCGAGGGCGCCUAUCGUCGUCUGUGGCCGAAGCAACAUCCCAUGGGAUACCUAUAUCUCCGCUACUCGUGCCAUGCCCUAUUUCCAGCUCAGGUUCUUUCAGGUCCCGUUGCUGCCUCAUGUUCUCAAGGGCUUUCAUAUCGCCAGCGAGAUCGAGCUCGCUGUGUGUAAGAAGCGGCUGGGCGAGGCUGUCGAAUUGUUACCCUUGAUCCAAACCGCUCGGGGUUGCGAGUCCAAGGACCCGAGAGAAAAUGUCUUUUCGGUGCUACAUGUUGCAACACCGUCCAACCGCACUAGAUACCACGGAGCCGGUGCGCGCCCUUUACCAAAAAUCGACUAUUCCAAGACCGCACAGCAGGUAUUCACCGAGGCUGCUCGUUACUCCAUACUAGAGCGCCAGGAUCUUAUGUUAUGGUGGAACGAACGCCCGCCGUGUGCGAAACGUUUAAAGGGACUACCGAGUUGGGUUCCCGACUUCAGCGCUCCGCUGCCCGAAUGCAAAAGCAACUCUUUCUUCAAUCCCAAUCUAGGCAUGCGUGUCUGGUGGGAGGCCGUCCCUCGCCGCUUCAGGAAACCUAUCACUAUAUCCACCGAAGACAACGCCGUGCAUCUCCAAGUGCGACCCCUAGAUCGCAUCGUGCACGUCUCGCCCGUAGUAUUCAACGGGGGUAAUUUCCGGCGUCUGUGCUUCACCGAGUUCAAGAACCUUCCGCCAGAAACAUCCAAUAAUAACGAAACACUCGCCCAAAGAAACGAGCGUUUCUGGCGCGCGAUCCUCCUUAACGGGAGCGACAAGGCGGGCGAGGACAUACGGCGUAGACUGCCGCCGCCGGCUUCUCUAGGCGCGCACUUCGAUAGCUUGAUAGCCGAGGAAACCAUAUUAGACGCUCUAGACUGCACCAUGGUCGACCUACAGACGUCCGAGAAUGCGGCGCGCAUACGAAAUUCCCCUGAGCUAACGGCACUGGUGCCUCGAUGCGGCAACGCCAAGCCGUUCGAGGACGCAUUACUGGGCAAUACAUGCGGACGGCGGUUUUUCAGGACCGCAGGCGGCAGGUUCGGUAUGACUGCCAUCGAGGACGUAGUCGCCGCCGACAACAACCUGGUAGGCAAAGAACCGAAGAAUCGAGAAGGGGAUGUGAGAGCGAAUUUCGGCCAGUUGAUGAGCGACCCCCUUCAGAACCUUUUAAUGCAGGGAUUCCAGGAGUACGUGAACGAGCGGUCGCCGGAAUCCGCGCCGAUGCUUGCGCGCGCUAUAAGAGGUGACAUGCCAGGGCAGAACCCAGACCGACGCACGGAUAACGGCACGCGAGAAGGAGAUAUCAUCGUGGCUGCUAUUGGGGGGUUCUUCCCGUACGUCUUACGACCCAAGUCUCGGGAAUCAGAAGAAGAGGCUGGGGAAGAAGCAAGCGGCUCGAAACCUGCCGCUCGGGCUGAUGAGGAACCGUCGACGUAUGAGUACGUUGGAGACUGCUAUUUACACGGAGCGAUGGACGGAGAGGACUUUGAUGCACCCGGUAACUUCGAUACGAGGCAUAUUGCUAUAGAUUUAUCGAAGAUUGUUAAUAUUACCAUUGUAUAAGGAUGUAGGGGUAAGGUUAUUGGCAUAGGAUAUAGGUACCUAUUUAUCUUUAUUAAUUUAUAGGAAUGACUUAUGAUAUCAAAAAGUCCAGGUAGGGAAGGGGAUAUGAUGUGAUGGAACCCCAAAACUACUGGCCUUGAGGCAGUAC